AUGAUGCUUGCGCGAUCAAUCAGCCGUGUUGCGGCUGGAUCUGCACGACGCGUGCAUGACGGACAGCGGGCUUGCAUCUCCUCGCUUGUUGGAGGAUGCAACUCCCCCUCAUCGAUGCCUGCUGUCGAUGAGUCUGCUGCGGCGCGACCCAAGGUCAGCAGGCCAGCAGCCUGGGGUGUUGCCUCGCUGCCAGAGCCGAGCAAGGUCGGCAGCUGCCGGAGGCAUCUUUCGUCAGGCCGUCCGCCAUUUGACAUGGGAGAAGACGAGAACGAGGUGGACGUUACCCCGAUCGGAAACAAGCCGGGGCAGAUAACACGAGAAGCCAUCGCCGAAGCGGAGGCCUCCGAGGACCUCGACGACGACGACAUCUUCUCCGGCAAGCCCUCCGACUGGGAGUACGACGCCUCCACCGAAGAAGCAGGGCACGACAGCGAGAAGGCGGAGGCCGGCCGGGAGGGGUUCCGGGACGAAGGCGACGAGGGGGACGAGAACCCCCCCACCCCGAUCCUCGACGCCUACGAGAAAUCCCGGGACCCCGCGGAGAUGGAGCGGCUGAUCGCCCUGGCGUUCGACUCUCUCCCCGAGCGCGCCGGGCCGCAGAGGUACAACCACAAGCGCCGGGAGCACCAGCGGUAUAGGACUAUUAGGAACAUCAAGUACAAGGAGAAGGCGCAGCGGACGGCGGCCCACGAGCGCAAGCUGCAGAAGAGGAGGGACCGAAAAGCGCGAGACUUGGCUCUGUUCGCCACCUGGAGAGAGACGGGCCCCGCCGAGGAGACUGCAGACGCGGUUGUGCGCUCGUAG